AUGGAUCUCUCUUCGACUCGAGAUCACCAGAGCAGGUUCAGCGAGACAUCAUCGAGCCCGCCGGGGACGCCGGCGUCGUGGAUCUCACAGACACGGUACUGCAAGAGCUCGGUGGCGACGCCGGUCACAGAAUAUUCGUCCUCGAGCUGGGGCGUUGCCGGUCAGAAGCAACCAUCACAGACGUCGACAGCCGAUCUCCGCCAUUACCCGGCACAGAACCUGCAGCGGAAGAAUUCACUCUUGUCGUGGUCCCUGUUCCGAUCGAGGAGACCGCAGGGUGAGCACUCGACAGCGACAAAUGCAUCUCGCAGAGAGGCCGAGUCUCGCUGGUGGUCAUCGAAUCCAACCGUGGCGAGGAAACCCAAGUUGGGAAUCAGUCCGCCCGUCCCUCUCCGACCCGACUCCUUGCACUUCCCGACCGCGUCUCAUGCAGACCCGUACCUGUCACACCACGGGUCGCGGAGUCUACGGAACGACGAGCAACCGUUGAAUGCUCGACCGGUUCCGCCUCCAAACGCACAGUGCGAACAUCACAUCACGCCGCGUUCUUGGACCGAUCUAGACCGGGACAAGAGAUGUGUGGCAUUUGCUCGAAUCGAUCCGGAUGGCUGGAGUAAAGUCAUUCCCAAGAAAUGGGUCGAGGAGCAGUUCAGCAACAGUCCGUCAGACACGGGUCCGGACGACGACAGGAGCGUGUACUGCGAGAGUAAUGGCGAGGGAAGUGCUGCCUGUAAAUUGGCGGGUGGCAUAUCUGUUAUCGAGGACGACGAUGAAGAAGAAGUCGAAGAAAAUGAUGAUGAUGAUUACGACGAUGAUGACGGGCAUAUGACACUGCCGCUCUCUCUGACCGAGACACUUGAGCGAUUCACCACGACGAAUGUCCCUUGCGAUGGGAGCGCGAGGGGCGUAAAAGAAUCAAAGGGCUUACGGAGCGACUACUCAAGAGCCGGACUCGCUUCCUCGGAUCCUGUCCGAUACUGGAUGUCUUCGCUUCGCCCGCUUCCCGAGCUUUCCCUUGCCGCUGGGAUACAGGACGGCGACGACCAGCAUCACACCGGCGACGAUCUCAGUGCCUGGCGGCGCAGACGUCGGAAUCACGGACCUCAUCGAGGCUUCUCCGAUCCAUCGCCAUGUGACAAGAAGUACACUCCUCCUCCUCCGACCAUUCUCGAGACUGGUGGAGCAGACGUCGACAAGGGGACUCACCGCUGCAAACGCAAUGAGAAGAUUCCGAAUCUACUGGUACCGCCACCCCUGCGGCUGACACGGCAAAGGACGUGCGCGUCGCCCGCUGCCACUGCUGAUGCCGACGCUGACGCUGACGCCGCCGGUGAAGAUGGGAGGAAUAGUGGUCGUGAGGCUUUCUAUCUCCUGACCGAGCAGCAUCCCGAGGCGAACUCACCCCAAUCUUCCUGGGCGACAAUCUACUGUCCCGGCGCUGGCAGCGGCGCGCUCGAGCCUGAGGAUACUCCUCCCCACAGCACCACACGCAUUUCUGCAGUGCCAGUGCCAGUGCCAGGCCCGGUGCCAGGACAAGUGGAUAGACGACCUGCAGCGAAACCGAAACCGCUAACCGAGGACCACCCCCAACCAGCGAAUUUGUUUUUCAAAGACAAGGCUCUGCCGCCCUUACCAUUCGAUUGCUGUCGCGGUAGCGGUCCCGGUCGCGACGACGAGACUCGUCCGCUGCCUCAGAAACACCACCUAAACCCUCGAAUUGAAAGGGGCCAAGAGGGAAAAGGAAAUGGGAAAGGAACGGCAAUGGACGCGGAUCCCCUCUUCCUGUCGGCAGACAUCGACGAGAUUCUCAACUUGUAUCUGCCCAUCUGUCCAACCGUACCGACGCCCAAGAGCCGGGAAGCUGGCGAAAGGACGGAUCGCAGAGGGGAUGGCGGCAGGGACAUGAUGAUGGAGAGGAAGAAGAAGGCGAAGGUAUCUCGACAGGAUACUUCCCGCAGCCUACCCAUUGGGCCUGCGCGGCCCGUCGCUACAGAUUUAGACAGGGGAGAGGGGCUAUACUCCCCGACACCAACGACGAUGCUGGAGGCGAGAGAAGCAGACGGAGAGGGCUAG